UUUCAAACUUCAGCCCGGAAGCAGCUACGAGCAGCGGGCGGGUUGUACCGGAGAGAGAACCGUGUUUGAGACGAUUUAACGGCCUGAACUUAACGGGAAAGAUUAUAAAGUUUUAGUUUUAGUCACCGAGAGGACCAAUAAAGAGUGAAUUAACCCGCAGGAGGACCAAUAAACAGUGAAUUAACCCAACAUCAGUAAACAUGGCGGAUUCAUGUGGACGCUAUGAGCGUCUGACAGCAGAGCAGAUGGAUGAACAGAGGAUCCAGAAUGUGGCCUAUCAGUAUCUGUGCCGUCUGGAGGAGGCUAAAAGGUGGAUAGAGGCGUGUCUGGGGGAGGAGCUUCCUGCUCCCACUGAGCUGGAGGAGUCGUUAAGGAACGGAGUCGUUCUCGCAAAACUGGGUCAUCGAUUCGCUCCGAACGCCGUCGCUCUGAAGAAAAUCUACGACCCCGAGCAGCUCCGAUACCACGCCUUGGGUCUUCAGUUCCGUCACACUGACAACAUCAACCACUGGAGGAAUGCCCUCACCAUCCUGGGACUGCCAGUGAUCUUCCACCCAGAAACUACAGACGUCUACGACAAGAAGAACAUGCCGAGAGCUGUUUACUGUAUCCACGCCCUGAGCCUGUUCCUGUACAGACGGGGUUUGGCUCCUCAGAUCUAUGACCUUUAUGGAAAGGUCAAGUUCACAGAGGAGGAGAUCAAUAACAUGAAGAUGGAGUUGGAUAAAUAUGGUAUCCAGAUGCCGGCGUUCAAUAAGAUCGGAGGGAUUCUGGCCAAUGAGCUGUCAGUGGACGAGGCUGCAGUCCAUGCGGCAGUGAUUGCCAUUAACGAGGCUGUGGACAGAGGUCAGGUGGAGGUGACGGCGGAGGCUCUGAGGAACCCUAACGCCCUCCUCAGUGACCUGCAGGAGGCGCUGGUGAGCGUCUAUCAGGAGAUGCUGCGUCAGGCUAAGAGGAGGAAAGAAGAGCGGGCAGCCAGCAGGUGUGGAGGUCCAGAGGAUAAAGAUAUCUAUGAAGAGUUUCUGACUCAGAAAGAAAUCCAGGACAACAUCAACAUCGUCAACAUUGGAUCAGCGGUGGAGAAGGUGGAUGAAGCUCUGGACUCCGCAGAUGAACUCUCUCUGCUCUCGGCUCUGCAGCUGCCAUGUUUGGUCCUCAGGGGCCUCCGUACUGACAACGGGCCCUGGUACCUGGACCAGCUGUCAGCAGACCGCCAGCAGAAGGCCCUGGAUCAGGGCUGUGUUGACCCUCUGGAGCCUGACGAGCUGCAGGAAGGGGUGACCAUCGCCAACCAGGAAGCACAGAAAGAUAGGACAGUGCACGCUGCGGUGCAGAGUGUUAAUGCGUCACUGCGUCUCAACGACCCCCGACACACUGUCAGCUGUCUGAUGACCUCUAACCUCCAGCUGCCUGAAGUGUUUCCAUUUGCUGCGACUCUGUAUCACAGAGAGCUGCAGCUGCUGCAGAGGCAAACGCCGCAGGGAGAGCUGCAGCAGGAGGAGCUGUUUGUUGCCGUGGAGAUGCUGUCAGCUGUCGCUCUCAUCAAUCAGGCGAUAGAGGCGGGACGUCGGCAACAGUUCAGCUCCUCAUUGGUCAGUCCGUCUGCAGGGCUCUCUGAUGUCGACCACACCUUGCUGGACAGGUACUUUCAGUGUCUGGUUGGUGUGAAGCAGCAGGUGGGAAAAGAUCUGCUGACCUGGAAUCAGCUGCAGGAAGGAAUCAACUCUGUGAACAACUCCGUGCAGGACGAACACCAACAGCUGCUGUGUGUGGGUCAGAUUAACGAGGCUGUGAUCAGAAGAGACUCUCAGCAGCUGCUGUCUGCUCUGCUGCUGCCCUCCUGUGGACUGGAAGAGGUCUUACCUGCCAACACCUGCAGAUACCUGACCCUGCUGACCAGAGCCAGGCAGCACAAAGCUCAGGUAAGCAGAGACCCAGGAGCUGAGCUGUGGUUGGCUGAUAUCCAGGAAGCUGUAAGCAGAGCCAAUCAGGAGAGUCAGAGAGCUCUGAAGUUGUGUCUGUCGGUAGCAGCAGUGAAUCAGGCUGUAAAGGAGAAGCGAGUGAAUCAGACUAUUCGUGUCCUGAGUCUACCUGAAGUCCAGCUGCAGGGGCUGGUUUCUACCUGUGCUGCAGAGUAUCAGAGAGAGCUCCACAGUCUGCUCACAGACAGGAUGCAGCAAGGAGACAACAGGAGUCCGUGGGUUCGAGUCCGGCUGGACGACAGCUCGUUCUACUACUUCCAGCUGAACAGACUGGAGGGCAGCUGGGACAAACCCAACGGCUUCAUACACAACAGUGUGUUCCUCGACAGACAGCUAAUACAGGAAGUAGUCAGCAGUGUUACGGGCUCGUACACUCGCAGCGUGCUGUGGCAGAACAGUGAAGCCCUCGUCGUCCGUCUGCAGGCUGUCUGUCGAGGAUUCCUGCUCAGACAGAAGCUGGAGGCUCGACGGUGUUACCUGAUCAUUCACACACCUGCUGUGGUCAUCAUCCAGGCUCACUGGAGGAGAUUUGUCCAGCAGAGGUUGUACAGACGUCGGCUGCAGCUUCUAUACAUGAACUGGAGAGCUGCUGUGAAGAUCCAGUCGUUGGUGAAGAUGUGGUUGGCGAGGAGAAAAUAUCGAGCUCGACUGAGUUUCUUCAGACGUCACGUGGGCGCUGUCAUAAAGAUCCAGGCCUUCUUCAGAGCCAACCGGGCCCGAGAGCAGUACAGGAUGCUGGUGCACUCAGCCACGCCCCCUCUGUCGGUGGUCAGGAAGUUCGUUCACCUGCUCGACCUCGGCGACAGUGACAUCAAGGAGGAGGCGGAGCUUCUGCGUCAGAGAGAGGAAGUGGUGAGAAGCAUCCGCUUCAACAGACAGCUGGAGGCGGACCUGGACCUGAUGGACCUGAAGAUCGGCCUGCUGGUCCGAAACAGAGCCACUCUACAGGAAGUGGUGUCUCAUUGUAAGAAACUGACAAAGAAGAACAAGGAGCAGCUGUCAGACAUGAUGGAUGUUGAGAGGAGUAAAGGACUAAAGGCUCUGAGCAGAGAAAGGAGAGAGAGACUGGAGGCCUACCAACACCUGUUCUACCUGCUGCAGACUCAGCCUCUGUACCUGGCUCAGCUGAUCUUCCUGAUGCCUCAGAGUCGCUCCACCUCCUUCAUGGAGAUGUUGGUGUUCAGUCUGUUUAACUACGGCUCGGACCGCAGGGAGGCCUUCCUGCUGCUGCAGCUGUUCACUGAGGCGCUACGAUAUGAGAUCAGACUGAAGGUGGAGCAGCCUCAGGACGUGGUCACAGGUAACCCCACCAUCAUCAAGAUGCUGGUGAACUUUUACCGAAAUGCUCGCGGUCAGAACGCCCUGCGUGAGUCUCUGGGUCCAGCUCUGCAAGAUGUCCUGCUGGACCGAACUCUGAGCAUCAGGACGGACCCGGUGGACGUAUACAAGACCUGGAUCAACCAGACCGAGACCCAGACUGGACACAAGAGCUCUCUGCCGUACGAGGUUUCACCUGCAGAGGCUCUGAGUCACCCUGAAGUCCAGAGACGCAUCGACAUCGCCAUCAUCAACCUGAAAAACCUGACAGACCGAGUCUUCAAAGCCAUCACCUCAAACCUCCACAAACUACCAUAUGGAUUACGUUACACAGCGAAGGUGCUCAGAGAUGCUCUGAAGGCGAAGUUCCCUGAAGCCAGCGAGGACGAACUUUACAAGAUUGUCGGUAACCUCGUCUACUAUCGCUACAUGAACCCGGCCAUCGUGGCUCCAGAUGGAUUUGACGUGGUGGACCGGUCUGCCGGCUCCAGCCUGCAGCCGGAGCAGCGCCACAUCCUAGGCUCCAUCGCCCGCAUGCUGCAGCACGCUGCCGCCAACAAACACUUCCACGGAGACGGAUACCACGUCAGAGCUCUGAACCAGUACAUCACACAGACUCACAACAAGUUCAGGAAGUUCCUGUUGUGUGUUUGUGACGUUCCUGAACCAGAGGACAGAUUCAACAUGGACGAAUACUCAGAGCUGCUGAUUGUCAACAAACCCGUCGUCUACAUCUCCGUCAGCGAGCUGCUCAACACGCACCAGCUGUUGUUGGAGCAGCAGGAGGUUUUGUGUCCGGACCCCUGUGACCCCCUCAGACUGCUGCUGAAGGACCUUGGACCAGUCCCCACCCUGCAGGAGCUCAUUGGAGAGUCUUCAUCAGCAGAUCCAGGAUCAGAGUCCAGGAUGGAGGUCUCUCUGACCCUCACUAACAAGUUUGACAUCUUCAACGAGUCCGACGACAAACCCGACGCCAGAGGACUGCUGCUCAGCACGAAGCAGCUGAUCAUUGAUGUCAUCAGGACUCAGUCAGGUGACUCUCUGAGUGACAUCCUGAGAGCGUCUGCGUCACAUGACCAGGAAGUGUGCCAUGAUUGGCUGAUGCAGCGGCGAGUUCGGCAGGAUGCUCGUACACCUGAGAAGAUGAAGAGGAACCAGUCGCUGGUUGCCAAUGGCAACCUGAGCUUAGAGGAGAAGAAGAGGAAGAUCCUGAGGAGUCUUCGUCGUCUGGAGGGACUGGGAGUCCUAAAACCUCCUCAGCCUGAAAACCAAAUCCUGCAGAUGAUUGCCAAGGACAUCCGUCAGCAGCGUCUGCACCGCCAGCGCCGGGGGGCGGAGCUUCAGAAACUCCAUCAGACUCUCAGCAGCCUGCAGGCAAAGAGCAACUUCCACAGUGAACAGGUGGACUACUACAGACAUUACAUCACUUCCUGUCUGGACAACCUGACCACCAGUAAAUCGACCAAUAAGAAGGCAGCAGAGGGCAAAGGGAAGAAGAAGCUUCCUGCUGUGAGCUAUAGCGCCACCCGUCUGCAGGAGAAAGGAGUUCUGUUAGAGAUUGAAGACCUGCCGACCACACAGUUUAAGAACGUUGUGUUUGACAUCGUUCCCGGACCCGAGAAAGGAAGUUUCAACGUCAAAGCGAGAUUCCUCGGCGUCGAGAUGGAAGAGUUCCUGCUCAAAUACCAGGACCUGCUGCAGCUGCAGUAUGAGGGCGUGGCAGUGAUGAAGAUGUUCGACAAAGCGAAGGUCAACGUCAACCUGCUCAUCUUCCUCCUCAACAAGAAGUUCUUCAAGAAAUGAACCAAGUAACUUUAUAUAUCACUUUAAACUACAGAGUGAGACAUCUUCCCAACACUCCUAUCUCUGUUUAUAUAUCACUUUAUACUACAGAGUGAUUCAGUCAGCGUAUGUUGCAUUGUUACAUAUUAUUAUAUUACAUUUUAUCAAGAGAACAUAAUCAUCAUACACUCCUAUCUCUCACUACAGUAUACAGAGUGAGACAUCUUCCUUCCACUCCUAUCUCUGAUUGUUUGUCUCACUACAUUAGCUGUUAAUCAGUGCUGAUACCUGAUCAAUACCUGUAAAUAUUUUCUGUUUUUCUGUCGACAUUUGGAGGGAAACUGUUGGAUCCUCCAGAUGAACUCUCGACAUUUUAACUCUAAUAAAUGUGUCAAAGUCUUUUAUUCUGAAA